CCCAUUUGGGUGAUUAUGAUGUCUGGCAUCAAAAGAAAAAAGUGUACACUUGUAACAUGGAGGCUUAUUGUUUGGGUUUUAUUGACCAACAUCAUGUUGCUGCUGUACUGCGUGUUGAACCCAACCCAAGUUAAGAUCAGGGGCCCACAAAAAGACACGUGUCCUCUCAGUAUGGUGAAAUUCAUGAAGAAUAAUGUGAGCUCUCAAAGCGCAAAGUGCUCCCCCGCAGUGAACAUCAUGUUCAUGAAGACGCAUAAAACUGCCAGUAGCAGCAUGCUCAACAUCCUCUUCAGAUUUGGAGAGAAGCGCAAGCUUAAAUUCGCCUUCCCCGAUGGACGCAAUGACUUCUUCUACCCAUCGCCUUUCCUGUGCUCCCAGGUGAAGGACUACAGGCCUGGAGACUGUUUCAACAUUGUCUGUAACCACAUGCGCUUCGACCAUCAGGAAGUCGCCAAGCUCCUGCCUCUAGACGCUGUGUACAUCACCAUCUUACGUGACCCGGUGGAUCUCUUUGAGUCGUCAUUUCAUUAUUAUCACAGAGCGAUUCCUCUCACAUGGAGGAUCACUGGAGAGAACAAACUGGCAGAGUUUCUAAACAACCCUCAGACUUUCUACAGCCCAGAGGCUUUCAACUCAUUCUACCUCAAAAAUCUCCUCUUUUUUGACUUUGGCUUUGACAACAACCUGGAGGCUGAUGAUCCUCGCAUUAUGAGCGGUAUUCAUUACUUAUCGAAACAUUUUGACCUGGUUCUCAUAGCAGAAUAUUUUGAGGAGUCUCUUAUACUGCUAAAGGACAAACUGUGUUGGAGCAUGGAGGACAUUCUGUAUUUCAAACUCAACGCUCGCAAGAGUUCAUCCGUGUCCCGUCUGACCUCUGAGUUGAGAGCCAAAGCUUUACAGUGGAAUGCAGCUGACUGGAGACUCUAUCAGCACUUUAACGCUACCUUCUGGGCCAGAGUUGAGGCUUACGGGAGAGACAGAAUGAAACAGGAGGUGAACGAGCUGAAGAGAAGAAAUGAUGAGAUGAAGGCCGUCUGUAUCGAGGAUGGAGGUGCAGUUGAAGCCCAAAACAUUCAGGACAGACGCUUUCUGCCCUGGCAACCAGUUGGAGAGUCCUCCAUCCUGGGUUACAACAUGAAGAAAAAUAUUGAUCCGAGAUUUAGGACAAUCUGUGAAAAAAUGCUCACACCUGAAAUACAAUACCUAUCAGACUUGGGCGUAAGUCUGUGGCUUACUACACUAUGGGGCUGGUUUAAAGAUGCUGUUUUUAGUUGGACGUGA